CAUUCAAAAGAACCCAAUUUCCCUGCAACAUUCUCGGGAACCAAACAAUAACGCCUUUUGUUCAAUACAUGGUGAAGCCGCUGCCCGAAUCACCCACGCAUGUUGAAUCGACCACCCCUUCUUCUUCUUCUUCCAAGUACAAAGGCGUACGACUGCGUAAAUGGGGGAAAUGAGUGUCCGAAAUCCGACUCCCCAACUGCCGCCAACGUAUCUGGUUAGGUUCUUACGACUCGCCGGAAAAAGCCGCGCGGGCGUUCAAAUAUUGCGCGGCAACAAAGCUAAGUUCAAUUUCCCCGACAACCCUCCGGAUAUUGUUGGGGGAAUGUCGCUUAGUCCGCUCGAAAUUCAAGCGGUCGCGUCUAAGAUCGCGAACGAGUCCACAAAUAACAGCUGUUCCGAUACCAACAAUGCGGGGACGAAGAUGGAACAGUACGCGUCGUCUUCGUCGGAUGGGGGAGGCGCCGCCAUACAAGUGGAGUGCAAUGAAACGAUAGAUUGGUCGUCGUUUUUGAUCAUGUUGGAUACCGACCAAGGGAUGUCUCACUAUGACUUUUAUCCGGGGCUUGGUGAUCAAUUCUAUCCUCUGCCGGUUUACGGCGACGCCGACGAUAAUGCCAACGGUGAUGACGACGGCGACGGUUUUUUCUCAACAGUAAUCAUUUCUUUGGAACUUUUAAGGCCAAAACAUCUCAUUUGA